GAGUGAGCAGCCGGUGCCCGGCCGCCUCCGGGGCCCCGCCCGCCUCCCCGCGGGGCACGAGGGGGCGCGGCCGGAGAGUGGGGCUCUGGCGCUUCGGGCCGAGGGAGGUCGGGGCCAUGGCGCCCGCGGCCUCGCUGGCCACGGCGCACGGGCACAACAUCUUCGACGCCCAGCUUGCCAGGUGCCAGCGAAAGGUGAUAUCGUGUGGGGCUGACGGCUUCGUCUGCCUCACCGAGGUGGAGUCGACCUCGCAGUCCAGCCAACUGCUGUUCCAGCCCGAACCCUUCAUGGGCUGCUACCAGGCGUUCAAGGUUCGACCUCCGGGAGCCCGGCCACCGCGUCGCCAUCGACGCGCGCGGCGUGGGGCUGACCUGCCUCGAGGUGUCGCCGAGGAGCGACUGGCUGCUGGCCGUCGGCGGGAACGACCCGUUCCUGAGGCUCUACGACCUCCGGGCCCUGCCGAGCGGGCGCGAGGCCGCGCCCCCGCCCAUGCGAG